CGCGGCUACACUAUUCAUGCAAGCGACUGUAAUGAUCAGUUUGUAAACAAAGGCGAUUGGGAAUAUAGUUAAGUGUGCUAAGACGAUCAUCUUGCUUGAUCAUGUUCCUCGAUAUCGAAGCGUUUUUCGAUCAUCCGCACAGACUUUACUCACCUGGUGACAUAGUCACUUGUAAAAUUAAUGUGAGGAGCAAAUUCAACAUCAAUUGUAAAUAUGUGCGGGCCCGAUUUCGUUGUCCGUUCAAAAGUAAGAGUGUCGAAUAUUUUCGAGUGUACGAAAUUGCAAGGAAACGAAUCUCACGAAAAGAUACAGAUCAGUGGGACUAUCGUAUUGGUGAAAAAGCGGAAAAUGUAAACUUACUACCAGGACUUAAUCAAUUCAUCGUUACAUUCAAGGUACCGCAUGUUUCUUACAACAUUUUUGAACAACAUUCGAAUCUAAUCAGAUGCAGUUUGAAAGUGACCGUCAAAAUAAAUUGGUUAUUUAAACGGAAUUCGAUUGACUGGUUUGUAUUAGAACCACGCACAACCGAAGAAGUCAUGCAUAGAGUUGAAAAGAGCGCCAGCAGAGUGUUGAACCGAAUCAGUGACAAAUUUCGCAAUAUACUUUGAUACUGUGGAAGUAUUGUAGAGUCUUAUUCGAAAUGUUGUUACAAAGUUUAACAAUUAAUAUAAUUUGUCAUCGAAAAAACGGAAUCAUCUUCAAACCACAAUGUAUCUAUUUUUUGUGUUCUACUACUUCAAUUUCAAUAAACAUUCAAAAUAUAUUGUAAUAAU